AUGAAUGCUACUCUCCCAGCUAGUCCGCUCCCACUACCCCAGCUAGUCCGCUCCCACUACCACUACUUCCCUUCUUCCUCCACCCCCUCCUCCUACACAGAGUGGAGAUCCGCCAGAGCCACCUACUACGCCGUCGCGGAACCGGGAGACCCGGUUGGUGGGGCUUGUGGUUAUGGGGACCUGGAGAAAAUGGGAUACGGGAAAGCCACAGCUGCACUCAGUAAAGUCCUGUUUGAAAAGGGUCAGAUCUGUGGAGCUUGCUUUCAAGUUAGGCGUGUUCAGGACAUGAGAUGGUGUAUUCUUGGGACUUCCAUUAUUGUUACUGCGACUAACUUUUGUGCUCCGAAUUAUGGGUUUGAAGCUGAUGGUGGAGGACAUUGUAAUUUCCCUAAUGCACAUUUUGUACUUCCCAUUGAAGCUUUUGAGAAAAUUGCCAUUUGGAAAGCUUCCAAUAUACCCAUUCAACAUCGCAAGUAUUGA